AUGCCUUAUCAAAAAAACAAAAGAACACCCCCUCACUGUGCUCAUCCAAAAAAAAGAACACCCCCUCACUGUGCCUUAUCCAAAAAAAAGCGUCCCUCUACCACUCACAAAACACCCACAGAACACCCCCUUGCCAUGCCUUAUCAAAAAACAAAAGAACACCCCCUCGCCAUGCUCAUCCAAAAAAAAAGCAUCCCUCUACAACUCACAGAACACCCCCUCACCAUGCCUCAUCCAAAAAAAGACCACCCCCUCACCAUGCUCAUCCAAAAAAAAAGAACACCCCCUCACCGUGCUCAUCCAAAAAAAAAGUGUCCCUCUACCACUCACAGAACACCCCCUUGCCAUGCUCAUCCAAAAAAAAAAGAACACCCCCUUGCCAUGCUCAUCCAAAAAAAAAAGAACACCCCCUCGCUGUGCCUCAUCCAAAAAAAAGAACACCCCCUCGCUGUGCUCAUCCAAAAAAAAAGAACACCCCCUCGCUGUGCCUUAUCAAAAAAAAAAGAACACCCCCUUGCUGUGUCUCAUCCUACAAAAGAUAAUAAGACUCAGAUGGUGAAGACCAAGCAGACAGCUAAGAAGACCACUGGGGGUAGAGCUCCCAGGGUAUCUCUUGCUGGUCUGAAAGCUAGGGAAAAACAUGCUGCCAAGUCAAGCAAGGCCCAUGCUAGGAAGGCCCCUGUUGCCAAGAAGAGAAGGAUGAGGAACUUGGCAAGGAUGGAGGGACAUUGUGGCCUUGUGAUCAGGCAGGUUGCAGAAGGGUAUCCUCAGCCCUAUUUUGGCUUCUACUUGUCAGGCAAGCCAGUCCUGAAACACCCUCUUGUGGUCAUUGGGGGGUUUGAGCAUGCCACCACCUCUGAAGUGGCUGGUAACUCUACUGCCAUUAUCCACCUCCACCUUGAGUCUCUAGAGCUUGGCCAUGCCCCUGUGCAUAUCCUUCACACCAUGUUGCAGGGAUAUUUCAGACAAGACACCUACCACUUCUCACAACUGCCCUUCAACUUUGCCACUGAGGAGUCCAGAGCUGCCUAUGACACUGCAGCAUCAAAGCUAGCUUCAAGUCUGACUACCUUUGCUAAGGUAGUCAUUUUCCUUACUACCCAUACUGAUGAAGACAGGGGGGAUCUGUUCUCUGGAAUGGAGAAUAAGGUUCCAAUAGCCACAGAGGUCUUUGAGUUUCUGCAAGGCCUUCUGUUACCCCUCUCCAACAUUGUCAAGGGUGGAGACCUCAUCUUCUUUCCAAGGUCCAUGUUGCUUUUUGAUGCUGAGAGACUUCAACUAGUCACCACCAUUCCCUUCCUCAUGAGUGUCCUUGACUCCACCCUUUUUCAAGGCUUCCAUGUCCAAAGUGCAGUCAGGCACUCCAACAUCAUCCUGAUGUUGUGGCAGGAGAAGGUAGUGGUGGAGAAAUUUGUCCGGACUGACAAGUUCAUCAGGCCUUGGGGACAACAAUUGCCUGCCCAGUGCCCUCAGUGUUAUAGCAUUCAGAAGUGGGAAGCUGGUUGUUCAGGGCAGACUUAUUCCUAUGAGUGCAAGAAUCCUGGCUGUGGGAAGGACACACAAGGCACAUCUCAGCCUCCCCAAACCUAUACUAUCUGCAUGUCCAAAGGGGCUACCAAACUGACACAGGGAAAGGGGCAAACAUCAUCCUGGCUGUUGGAAUCUUUGUAA